CACACACACACACACACACACACACACAAUUUCCCCCUUAUGUACAAUUCCUGCUCCGAGUUACUGGGAUAGACUUGGAUUCGGAUUCUCUCUUUAGAAACCCUACAUGAGCUCUGCGGUUAACGGGGUCCUCUUGGGCAGACUCCUGGGUGACCGUGGACAGGCAUCUCUCAGAGGUGGGGGAGAGACUCCUCGUGUAGGUGGGUCACCGAUCCCAGAAGAAUUCUUCCCUCUCUGAUGGUGUCUGGGGAGGGCUUCCGACAGGCCCUUUUGACCCAGUAAUUGCCUGCUCUCCGGCACUCUUUAACUUUUAUCUCGUAAAGCUCUUGUUCUCUUUGGUUGCUUCUUUGGUCUCCCGAUUAAACAUUAACGUAGGUCGGUUUCUCUAACACAAAAAGUAAGCAGACGGGAAAGUCCUGGCUAAAAGGGAACCGAAGCAAAUGCCAAGUAGGUGGCGAGAUGUCUGGAGGCCCGACGGCUCGGUGUGCCCUCUUCCUCUGGGCGUACUGCGUGGUGGCGGCAGAGGGGGGCAAGCUGCUGGUGAUUCCGCAGGAUGGCAGUCACUGGCUCAGCAUGCGCGGGGUCCUGCGGGAGCUGCACCAAAGAGGACACGAGGUGGUGGUGGUCGCCCCUGCGGCGACUCUGCACAUCCAAGAGGCGCCCUUUUAUAGCCUCACGCAGUAUCCGGUGCCCUUCCAGCUGGAGGAGUUGAAGUCCCGCUUUCGGGAGAUGAAUUUCGCAGUUUUUGAGAAAUUGUCGCCUCUGGAAAAUUUCUUCAAAACCAAAGAGAGAAUCCGGAAUAACACGGAGCUGUUUUUGUCCGCCUGCUCACACCUGCUUUACAACCAAGAGCUGAUGGCCCGGCUGGGGGACAGUCGCUUUGACGCCGUUUUCACCGACCCUUUCCUGCCCUGCGGCGCCAUCGUGGCCAGGUAUCUCUCCCUUCCGGCUGUCUACUUUUUGCAGGCGCUGCCUUGCCAGCUAGAUGCCUCCGGCACGCAGUGCCCCAGCCCUCCUUCCUACGUUCCUCGAGGAUUAUCGCAGAACACGGACCGCAUGACGUUUCUCCAGAGAGUUAAAAACAUGCUCUUCUCCCUAUCCCAGCUCUUUCUCUGUGACUUUGUGUAUGCCCCAUAUGCCCGUCUCGCUUCCGAAUUGCUAAAGGAAGAAGUGACCGUCCUGGACCUUCUCAGCUACGGAUCCAUUUGGCUUCUGAGAAAAGAUUUUGUAAAGGAGUAUCCCAGCCCCGUCAUGCCCAACAUGGUUUUCAUCGGGGGCGUCAACUGCGCUUAUAGAAAGCCCUUGUCUCACGAAUUUGAAGCCUAUGUGAAUGCCUCUGGGGAACAUGGAGUUGUGGUCUUCUCCCUGGGCUCGAUGGUCUCAGAAAUCCCAAUGGCCAAAGCCAUGGAAAUCGCCGAAGCUUUGGGUACAAUACCCCAGACGGUGUUAUGGCGGUACACUGGGAAACCACCGGCGAAUCUGGCCAAGAACACCAAACUUGUGAAAUGGCUUCCACAGAACGAUCUGCUCGCCCACCCGAAGACCAGAGCGUUCAUCACGCAUGCUGGAUCUCACGGGAUCUACGAGGGCAUAUGCAACGGCGUGCCGAUGGUGCUGAUGCCGCUGUUCGGAGACCAGAUGGAUAACGCGAAACGCAUGGAGUCGAGAGGGGCAGGGGUGAUCCUGAAUGUGCUGGACAUGACGUCCAGCGAUCUGAGCAAGGCGCUGAAGACUGUUAUCAAUGAUAAAAGCUACAAGGAAAACAUCAUGCGUCUCUCGGCUCUUCACAAAGAUCGGCCCAUCGACCCCCUUGACCUUGCUGUGUUCUGGGUGGAGUUCGUGAUGAGACACAAAGGGGCGCCACAUUUACGUGCUGCUGCCCACGACCUCAACUGGAUCCAGUACCAUUCCUUGGACGUCAUUGCUUUCCUCCUGGCUAUUGUAUUGACUGUCGUAUUCAUCAUAGUGAAAAGCUGCAAGUUUUGUUUCCACAAAUGCUUUGGCAAAAAAGGAAAAGCUAAGAAAUCCACCAAAGCCAAGUCUCAUUGAGCCCCGCUUUGAAAAAUUGGGUAAAAUUGGAGUUUGUUCUCCCUAUAGAAUCUGAAAAUGUACUCGAGUGACCCCCCCCCCCCCACACAAAUAUCCACCAAGCGGGCCCUCAUGCGUAUAAGUCCGUUUUAAAUCGAUUUUUGAUUUUAAAAAAUUCUCGAUCUUGUUUUGUUGUCUAUCGAAGAAGGAGCCGUGAGAUUUAGAGCUGAAAGAUGGCCCUUUGGUGCAGCCACUCCACAUGGCAGCUGAGGAAACUGAAGCCACAUGGAGGGAAUCCCUUUGGACUGAAAAUCAGUCUUAGACGAGGGACCUGAUAGUCACCUUCACGUUUUGGAAGGGCUAUACUCUACUUGGCCUCAGAGGAUAGAGUAACGAACGAUGGAGGCUGGCGAAGCUACUCCAUCACUGAGGUCAGCGUCAGUAAAAGCUUCCUCCCAAUCGAGGAAUGGGCCAGCUCAGGGAGAAGGAGGUUCCCAUUCACUGGGGCUUUCCAAGCCAACCUUUGAUGACCACUGCCUGGGAAGUCAUAAAGGGUGCAAGUUGGACUCCGUGACCACUGUGGUCCCUUCCACCUCUCAUAUUCUGGGGCCUGAAGGAACCUCCCCAGGGUGACACGGCUAGCUUGCAGCUGAACUAGAGCAGAAGCCGAUCUCCUGGCUCUCAUCUCUCCUUUGUCCCCCUCAAGCCAUAGCGAUUAGGAAAACUGUAGCAUGAGUCAGGCCUGAUGCUCCUUCCCCUUCUUCAAGGUUCUAGCUUCAGGUAUUUUGCUUGGUAGAACUGAAGAGGUCGGAUGGUUUUCUUAAACUGUAAGGCUUCUCAUACAACUCCUCCUCCGUGUGUCCUCCCAAUGAAUCGUGAUUGCUAAUCAGUUCUUGCAAUGUGAAUGCUUCCCCCCCUGCCUGGCUCCCUCUUUAGUGUUUCCAUCUCUUUGUGAAGCACCUGGAUGCUAUAGGGCUGGGUUUCCCACUAGCGAUUUCUGUGAUCCCUCUGGACACAGAAGGGUGGACGUGUCGCUCAUCCGGGCUGCUGCUCAUCUUUAUAAUGUUGGCACUGAAUUGUUUUUACAUUGCAAGACCAAAAUGGAUCAAGAAAAUGCCACGUGGCACUCUGCCGCAUGGAUGAGGCCCAUUAACCGUGCUUUUAGCAAAAUACCAUGUUGGCAUAUUGCUCAGAGCUCAACAGAUGAAUAAAUCCUGCUUAUUGUCCUGGA